CUGUCCCUGGUCCCAAGAGGACCUGUCUUCCUGGAUGGCGGAGUGGACUAUCUAUACACUAGUCCCAUGGCCCUGACCUGCUGACCUCUCCCUCUUGGCUGAUUUCUUCAUGUUAGUUCAACAUUAACCCAGAGUGGUCAGGACAAGUCCUCAGAGUCCCAGGAGCUGACACACUAUGGCGCACAUCCGAGGCCUCUGGGUACCUGGCUGCCUGGCCCUAGCUGUCCUGUGUAGCCUUGUGCACAGCCAGCAUGUGUUCCUGGCCCCUCAGCAAGCACUCUCGAUGCUCCCGCGGGCCCGCCGCGCCAACAGCGGCUUUCUGGAGGAGUUGCGCAAGGGGAACCUGGAGCGAGAGUGCGUGGAGGAGCAGUGCAGCUACGAGGAGGCCUUUGAGGCCCUGGAGUCUUCCACUGCCACGGAUGUAUUCUGGACCAAGUACACAGCUUGUGAGUCGGUGAGGAAACCUCGAGAAAGGCUCAUUGAAUGUCUGGAAGGUAGCUGCGCUGAAGGUCUGGGCAUGAACUACCGCGGGAACGUGAACUUCACCCGGUCAGGCAUCGAGUGCCAGCUCUGGAGGAGUCGCUACCCACACAAGCCUGAAAUCAACUCUACCACCCACCCUGGGGCCGACCUGCAGGAGAAUUUCUGCCGUAACCCGGACGGCAGCACCACUGGGCCCUGGUGCUAUACUACAGACCCCACCGUGCGGAGGGAGGAGUGCAGCAUCCCUGUCUGCGGCCGGGAGGGCGUCACUGUGCAGCUGACCCCACGCUCCAGAGACUCCACGGUGAAUCUGUCACCUCCAUCGGAGCAAUGCCUCCCUGAGCGUGGCCGGUACUAUCAGGGUCGCCAGGCGGUGACCGCACUUGGGUCCCCCUGCCUGGGCUGGGCCAGCAGUCAGGCCAAGGCCCUGAGCAAGGACCAGGACUUCAACCCUGCCGUGCCGCUGGUGGAGAACUUCUGCCGCAACCCGGACGGGGACGAGGAGGGCGCGUGGUGUUACGUGUCGGAGGAGCCCGGUGGCUUCGAGUACUGCGACCUGGACUACUGCGGUGAGGGGAUCUGCUGGUCUCCCUGGAUGAAAGAGAUCUCUUUCCAGGAUUUUUGGUGUUUUGAUCGUCUUCCCCGGGUUCUGCACUACUGA